AUGGAGCUGAAGUGGGUCCUGGCCUUUGAGAUCUUCAUCCCUCUGGUCCUCUUCUUCAUCCUGCUGGGGCUGCGACAGAAGAAACCCACCAUCUCUGUGAAGGAAGUCUCCUUCUACACGGCCGCGCCCCUCACCUCUGCGGGCAUCCUUCCCGUCAUGCAGUCACUGUGUCCUGAUGGCCAGCGGGACGAGUUUGGCUUCCUGCAGUACACCAACUCCACGGUCACACAGCUUCUGGAGCGGCUCAGCCGGGUGGUGGAGGAGGGUAACCUGUUCGACCCGGAGCGGCCCAGCCUGGGCUCGGAGCUCGAGGCCCUGCGGCUGCACCUGGAGGCCCUGACUACCAGCCCGGGCACCUGGGAGCACGAUGUGGACAGCCCUGCAGUGUCUGCCUUCUCUCUGGACUCGGUGGCCAGGGACCCGCAGGAGCUCUGGCGCUUCCUGACACAGAACUUGUCACUGCCUAACAGCACAGCACAGGCCCUCCUGGACGCCAGGGUGGACGUGCCUGAGGUCAAUCGUCUGCUCUUUGGCCCUUCACCUGCCCUGCAUGUGAGUUCCAGCCUCCCCCAGGAGCAGGAGCCCUGGAGCCGUCUGGGUGGCAGUCCCCUGCUGCAGUCUGAGGAACUGCUGCUGGCCCCUGCCCUCCUAGAGCGUCUCACAUGUACUCAGGGCUCUGGGGGGCUGGGCCGCAUCCUCAGGGCACGAGCGGGCCAGGAGAGCGCGCUGCAGGCCUACCGGGCUGCUGUCUGUGGUGGGCAGGCCACCUCCCGGGCCCGCCGCUUCUCCGGGCUGGCCGCUGAGCUCCGGAACCAGCUGGACACGGCCAAGAUCGCCCAGCAGUUGGGCCUGGAUGUGGCCAACGGCUCAGACCCCCAGCAGCAGCCACCAGCCCCGCGGCGGCUGCAGGCGCUGCUGGAGGACCUGCUGGACGCACAGAAGUUUCUUCGGGACGUGGACGUCCUCUCAGCCCUGGCCCUGCUGCUGCCCCAGGGUGCCUGUGCGGGCCGGGCCCCCGCGCCCCCCGCCAGCGGUUCUGGCGGUCCGGCCAACGCCACUGGGCCGGGCGUGGGGGCCAACGCCACAGUGGAGGAGGGCGGUCCGCCGGCUGCAGCCCCAGCCUCCGUGGACGCGCUGCAGGGCCAGUGCGCGGCCUUUGUGCAGCUCUGGGCCGGCUUGCAGCCCAUCCUAUGUGGCAACAACCGCACCAUUGAGCCCGAGGCGCUGCGGCGGGGCAACAUGAGCUCGCUAGGCUUCACGAGCAAGGAGCAGCGGAAUCUGGGCCUCCUGGUGCAUCUAAUGACCAGCAACCCCAAGAUCCUGUACGCGCCCGCGGGCUCCGAGGCCGACCGUGUCAUCCUGAAGGCCAACGAGACCUUUGCCUUCGUGGGCAACGUGACCCACUACGCCCAGGUCUGGCUCAACAUCUCCUCAGAGAUCCGCAGCUUCCUGCAGCAGGGCCGGCUGCAGCAGCACCUGCACUGGCUGCAGCAGUACGUGGCGGAGCUGCGACUGCACCCCGAAGCGCUGAACCUGUCCCUGGAGGAGCUGCCCCCGGCCCUGCGUCAGGACAACUUCUCGCUGCCCAACGGCUCUGCCCUCCUGCAGCAGCUUGACACCAUCGACAACGCAGCCUGUGGAUGGAUCCAGUUCAUGUCCAAGGUGAGCGUGGACAUCUUCAAAGGCUUCCCAGAUGAGGAGAGCAUCGUGAAUUACACGCUGAACCAGGCCUACCAGGACAACGUCACAGUGUUCGCCAGUGUUAUUUUCCAGACUCGGAAGGACGGCUCCCUCCCGCCCCACGUCCACUAUAAGAUCCGCCAGAACUCCAGCUUCACAGAGAAAACCAACGAGAUCCGUCGGGCUUACUGGCGGCCGGGGCCCAACACGGGGGGCCGCUUCUACUUCCUGUACGGCUUCGUGUGGAUCCAGGACAUGAUGGAGCGCGCCAUCAUCGACACCUUCGUGGGGCACGACGUGGUGGAACCGGGCAACUAUGUGCAAAUGUUCCCAUAUCCCUGCUACACGCGUGAUGACUUCCUGUUUGUCAUUGAGCACAUGAUGCCACUGUGCAUGGUGAUCUCCUGGGUCUACUCUGUGGCCAUGACCAUCCAACACAUAGUGGCCGAGAAGGAGCACCGGCUGAAGGAGGUGAUGAAGACCAUGGGCCUGAACAAUGCGGUGCACUGGGUGGCCUGGUUCAUCACGGGCUUCGUGCAGUUGUCCAUCUCGGUGACGGCCCUCACGGCUAUCCUCAAGUAUGGCCAGGUGCUUAUGCACAGCGACGUUUUCAUCAUCUGGCUCUUCCUGGCCGUCUAUGCCGUGGCCACCAUCAUGUUCUGCUUCCUGGUGUCGGUGCUAUACUCCAAAGCCAAGCUGGCCUCAGCCUGCGGCGGCAUCGUCUACUUUCUGAGCUACGUGCCUUACAUGUACGUGGCAAUCCGCGAGGAGGUGGCCCAUGACAAGAUCACGGCCUUCGAGAAGUGCAUUGCGUCCCUCAUGUCCACAACAGCCUUUGGCCUGGGCUCCAAGUACUUUGCCCUCUAUGAGGUGGCAGGUGUGGGUAUCCAGUGGCACACGUUCAGCCAGUCACCCGUGGAAGGGGACGACUUUAACCUGCUGCUGGCCGUCACCAUGCUGGUGGUGGACGCGGCCGUCUAUGGUGUGCUGACCUGGUACAUUGAGGCUGUGCACCCAGGCAUGUAUGGGCUGCCUCGGCCCUGGUACUUCCCACUGCAGAAGUCUUACUGGCUGGGCAGUGGGCGGACAGAGGCCUGGGAGUGGAGCUGGCCAUGGGCGCACGCCCCCCGCCUCAGCGUCAUGGAGGAAGACCAGGCCUGUGCCAUGGAGAGCCGGCGCUUUGAGGAGAUGCGGGGCAUGGAAGAGGAGCCCACCCACCUGCCUCUGGUGGUCUGUGUGGACAAGCUGACCAAGGUGUACAAGAACGACAAGAAGCUGGCCUUGAACAAGCUAAGCCUGAACCUGUAUGAGAACCAGGUCGUCUCCUUCCUGGGCCACAACGGAGCCGGCAAGACCACCACCAUGUCUAUCCUGACCGGCCUGUUCCCGCCCACAUCGGGCUCGGCCACCAUCUAUGGGCGUGACAUCCGCACGGAGAUGGACGAGAUCCGCAAGAACCUGGGCAUGUGUCCACAGCACAACGUGCUCUUUGACCGCCUCACGGUGGAAGAACACCUGUGGUUCUACUCGCGGCUCAAGAGCAUGGCGCACGAGGAGAUACGCAAGGAGACAGACAAGAUGAUCGAAGACUUGGAACUCUCCAACAAGCGCCGCUCGCUCGUGCAGACUCUGUCGGGCGGCAUGAAGCGCAAGCUUUCGGUGGCCAUCGCUUUCGUGGGUGGGUCCCGCGCUAUCAUCCUGGACGAGCCUACGGCCGGCGUGGACCCCUAUGCACGCCGUGCUAUCUGGGACCUCAUCCUGAAGUACAAGCCGGGCCGCACCAUCCUGCUGUCCACGCACCACAUGGACGAGGCUGACCUGCUCGGGGAUCGCAUUGCUAUCAUCUCCCAUGGCAAGCUCAAGUGCUGUGGCUCCCCUCUUUUCCUCAAGGGUGCCUAUGGCGACGGGUACCGUCUGACGCUGGUCAAGAGGCCCGCUGAGCCCGGAGGCCCCCAAGAGUCAGGGAUGGCAUCCAGCCCCUCGGGCCAGGCCUCGCUCCGCAGCUGUUCUGAGCCCCAGGUCUCCCAGUUCAUUCGAAAGUACGUGGCCUCCUGCCUGCUGGUGUCGGACACCAGCACCGAACUCUCCUACAUUCUGCCCAGCGAGGCCGCCAAGAAGGGGGCUUUUGAGCGCCUCUUCCAGCACCUGGAACACAGUCUGGACCAGCUGCACCUGAGCAGCUUCGGGCUGAUGGACACAACGUUGGAGGAGGUGUUUCUCAAGGUGUCUGAGGAAGACCAGUCCUUGGAGAACAGCGAGGCUGAUGUGAAGGAGUCUGGGAAGGACAUGACACCAGGGGCAGAGGCCCCGGUGCCUGGGGAGGCUCCUGCUGGCAACCUGACCCGGUGCUCAGAGCUGGCCGAGUCGCAGGCAUCGCUGCAGUCUGUUUCCUCGGUGGGCUCUGCCCGUGACAACGAGGGCGCUGGCUAUGCUGAGGUCUAUGGGGACUACCGUCCCCUCUUUGACAACCCGCAGGACCCCGACAACGUCAGCCUGCAAGAGGCCGAGGCAGAGGCCCUCACACGCGUUGGCCAGGGCAGCCGGAAGCUGGACGGCUGGUGGCUGCGGAUCCGCCAGUUCCACGGGCUCCUGGUGAAGCGGUUCCACUGUGCCCGCCGGAACUCCAAGGCGCUCUGCUCCCAGAUCCUGCUGCCCGCCUUCUUCGUCUGUGUGGCCAUGACGGUGGCCCUCUCUGUGCCGGAGAUUGGUGACCUGCCCCCGCUGGUCCUCUCCCCGUCCCAGUACCACAACUACACCCAGCCCCGCGGCAACUUCAUCCCGUACGCCAAUGAGGAGCGAUGGGAGUACCGACUGCGGCUGUCGCCGGAUGCCAGCCCCCAGCAGCUCGUGAGCACCUUCCGGCUGCCGUCGGGGGUCGGUGCCACCUGCGUGCUCAAGUCCCCUGCCAACGGCUCCCUGGGGCCCACGAUGAACCUGAGCAGUGGCGAGUCUCGCGUGCUGGCUGCCCGCUUCUUUGACAGCAUGUGCCUGGAGUCUUUCACGCAGGGCUUGCCCCUGUCCAACUUUGUGCCACCCCCACCCUCCCCUGCCCCGUCCGACUCCCCUGUGUCCCUGGAAGAGGACCUGCCACAGACCUGGAACGUCUCCCUGUCGCCCACCUCCAUGUCAGAGAUGUGGACCUCGGUCCCCUCCCUGCCCCGCCUGGUACGGGAGCCUGUCCGCUGUAGCUGCUCCAUGCAGGGCACUGGCUUCUCCUGUCCCAGCGGCGUGGGUGGGCACCCGCCACAGAUGCGGGUCGUCACAGGUGACAUCCUGACCGACAUCACUGGCCACAACGUCUCUGAGUACCUGCUGUUCACCUCAGACCGCUUCCGGCUACACCGGUAUGGAGCCAUCACCUUUGGGAACGUGCAGAAGUCCAUCCCGAUCUCGUUUGGCGCUCGGGCCCCACCCAUGGUGCGGAAGAUCGCAGUGCGCAGGGCAGCCCAGGUGUUCUACAACAACAAGGGUUACCACAGCAUGCCCACCUACCUCAACAGCCUGAACAACGCCAUCCUGCGCGCCAACCUGCCUAAGAGCAAGGGCAACCCAGCGGCCUAUGGCAUCACUGUCACCAACCACCCCAUGAACAAGACUAGUGCCAGUCUCUCUCUGGAUUACCUGCUGCAGGGCACAGACGUGGUCAUCGCCAUCUUCAUCAUUGUGGCCAUGUCCUUCGUGCCGGCCAGCUUUGUGGUCUUCCUGGUGGCUGAGAAGUCCACCAAGGCCAAACACCUGCAGUUCGUCAGUGGCUGCAACCCUGUCAUCUACUGGCUGGCCAACUACGUGUGGGACAUGCUCAACUACCUGGUCCCAGCCACCUGCUGUGUCAUCAUCUUGUUUGUGUUCGACCUGCCAGCCUACACAUCAACUACCAAUUUCCCAGCCGUACUUUCUCUCUUCCUGCUGUAUGGGUGGUCCAUCACACCCAUCAUGUACCCAGCCUCCUUCUGGUUCGAGGUGCCCAGCUCCGCCUAUGUCUUCCUCAUUGUCAUCAAUCUCUUCAUUGGCAUCACGGCCACUGUGGCCACGUUCCUGCUGCAACUCUUCGAGCAUGACAAGGACCUGAAGGCUGUCAACAGCUACUUGAAAAGCUGCUUCCUCAUCUUCCCCAACUACAACCUGGGCCAUGGUCUCAUGGAGAUGGCCUAUAACGAGUACAUUAACGAGUACUACGCCAAGAUCGGCCAGUUUGACAAGAUGAAGUCCCCAUUCGAGUGGGACAUCGUCACUCGUGGGCUGGUGGCCAUGACAGUCGAAGGUUUUGUUGGCUUCUUUCUCACCAUCAUGUGCCAGUACAACUUCCUGCGGCAGCCACAGCGCAUGCCCGUGUCCACCAAGCCUGUGGAGGAUGACGUGGACGUGGCCAGCGAGCGUCAGCGAGUGCUGCGGGGGGAUGCGGACAAGGACAUGGUCAAGAUCGAGAACCUGACCAAGGUGUACAAGUCCCGAAAGAUCGGCCGCAUCCUGGCUGUGGACCGUCUGUGCCUGGGUGUGCGCCCUGGUGAGUGCUUCGGUCUGUUGGGAGUCAACGGCGCAGGCAAGACCAGCACCUUCAAGAUGCUCACUGGGGACGAGAGCACGACAGGGGGCGAGGCCUUUGUCAAUGGGCACAGCGUGCUGAAGGAGCUGCUCCAGGUGCAGCAGAGCCUUGGCUACUGCCCGCAGUUUGAUGCCCUGUUUGACGAGCUCACGGCCCGGGAGCACCUGCAGCUGUACACACGGCUACGUGGCAUUCCCUGGAAGGACGAGGCGCGGGUGGUGAGGUGGGCGCUGGAGAAGCUGGAGCUGACCAAGUACGCCGACAAGCCCGCUGGCACCUACAGCGGGGGCAACAAACGGAAGCUGUCCACGGCCAUCGCCCUCAUCGGGUAUCCGGCCUUCAUCUUCCUGGAUGAGCCCACCACGGGCAUGGACCCCAAGGCCCGGCGCUUCCUCUGGAACCUCAUCCUGGACCUCAUCAAGACGGGGCGCUCGGUGGUACUGACGUCGCACAGCAUGGAGGAGUGUGAGGCCUUGUGCACGCGGCUUGCCAUCAUGGUGAACGGGCGCCUGCGCUGUCUGGGGAGCAUCCAGCACCUGAAGAACAGGUUUGGAGACGGCUACAUGAUCACCGUGCGGACCCAGGUCAGCCAGAGCGUGAAGGACGUGGUGCGAUUCUUCCACCGGAACUUCCCGGAGGCGGUGCUCAAGGAGCGCCACCACACAAAGGUGCAGUACCAGCUGAAGUCCGAGCACAUGUCCCUGGCCCAGGUGUUCAGCAAAAUGGAGCAGGUGGUGGGCGUGCUGGGCAUAGAAGAUUACUCCGUCAGCCAGACCACCUUGGACAAUGUGUUUGUGAACUUUGCCAAGAAGCAGAGUGACAACCUGGAGCAGCAGGAGUCGGAGCCGCCUUCGGGCCUGCAGUCCCCGCUGGGCCGCCUGCUCAGCCUGUUCCGCUCGAGGAGCACCCCCACUGAGCUCCGGGCCCUUGCGGCAGACGAGCCGGAGGACCUGGACACGGAGGACGAGGGCCUCAUCAGCUUUGAGGAGGAGCGGGCCCAGCUAUCUUUCAACACGGACACGCUUUGCUGA